CCAUUGCAUUUGCAGCACAUAACAUAACCCUUACUUCCAAACAGCCAUUAUAGUGUAGCUUUUUCUCUUAGCUUUUUCCAGGCAUAUUCCUAUUUCCCUUUCAUUGCCCCCAUUCAAAUGCUUGCUCUUUUUCAAUGACUAAUGACGGUGCUUUCUUUUACUCGGUUUCAGUUUUGACCCACAUUGUCCUUUACCCACUUUCCAUUCACUGCUAUGUGUUUCAAAUUUCCCCUCAGCCUUUCUCUGUUCCCACAACGAAAGCUUGCAUUUUUUGUUCCUUUUAUUGCUUACUCUUCCCAUCAUUUUGAUCAUUAAGUAAUGUACACUCCAACUGGGGUUUCAAGCUUUGUUUAUUUAAUUUAACUUGUGUGUAGCCAUUGUUCUUCAUUGCUGUGAUGCUCGUAGCACAUGCAUUGGUGUCGGCCGAGAUUAAAUAAUCGAGUACAGUGCUGUUGCUGCAAAUCUGUGCUGCUGUUAAAGUAUUAAAAAGUAUUAAUCCUUGUGAGGUUUUGGUUUUUUGCCGUUGCCUUUGGUUAAGAAACUAUGGAAGAUACAUUUGUUCCGUUUCGUGGAAUUAAAAAUGAUCUUCAAGGCAGAUUGAUGUGUUACAAGCAAGACUGGAUUGGUGGUCUUAGAGCAGGCUUCAGGAUAUUGGCCCCUACCACGUAUAUAUUUUUUGCAUCAGCAAUUCCUGUUAUUUCGUUUGGAGAACAAUUGGAAAGAGACACAGAUGGAGUACUCACCGCAGUUCAAACUUUAGCAUCUACUGCAUUGUGUGGAAUUGUACAGUCUAUUAUAGGAGGCCAACCUUUACUGAUUCUUGGUGUAGCAGAACCAACUGUAAUUAUGUAUACAUUCAUGUUCAACUUUGCGAAAAGAAGGCCAGAAUUGGGUUCAGAACUCUUUCUAGCAUGGACUGGAUGGGUAUGCGUGUGGACUGCCAUCUUGUUGUUCCUAUUGGCUAUCUUGGGAGCUUGCUCCAUCAUCAACAGGUUCACUCGAUUAGCAGGGGAACUGUUUGGUCUUCUUAUUGCAAUGCUUUUUAUGCAAGAGGCUAUUAAAGGACUCAUCCAUGAGUUUCACAUACCUGAGAGAGCAAACCCAUCAUCACCUGAGUUUCAAUCUUCAUGGAGAUUUGGAAAUGGCAUGUUUUCUUUGGUUCUGUCCUUUGGCCUCUUGCAUACAGCAUUGAAAAGCCGAAAGGCAAGGUCUUGGCGAUACGGAUCAGGAUGUUUACGAGGCUUCAUAGCAGAUUAUGGUGUCCCAUUGAUGGUUCUAGUAUGGACUGCCAUUUCUUAUAUUCCAGCUGGAAGUAUUCCAAAGGGAGUUCCUAGGCGUCUUUUCAGUCCAAAUCCAUGGUCCUCUGGUGCAUUUGAAAACUGGACUGUCAUAAAGGACAUGCUGAAAGUACCAGUUCUCUAUAUUAUUGGAGCAUUUAUUCCAGCAACAAUGAUUGCUGUUUUAUAUUAUUUCGACCAUAGUGUGGCAUCUCAGCUUGCUCAGCAGAAAGAAUUCAAUUUAAGAAAGCCACCUUCUUUCCAUUAUGAUUUACUUCUAUUGGGCUUCAUGGUUAUAAUAUGUGGUCUAAUUGGAAUUCCUCCGUCCAACGGUGUUAUUCCACAAUCUCCAAUGCAUACCAAAAGUUUAGCUACAUUGAAGCACCAGUUACUCAGGAACCGGCUUGUUGCUGCAGCACGAAGUUCUAUGAGAAAACAAGAAAGUUUGGGACAAGUAUAUGGGAGCAUGCAAGAUGCGUACUGGCAGAUGCAAACCCCUCUAGCUCACGAAGAAUCUUCCUCAAAGGGACUUAAGGAGUUGAAAGAGUCAACAAUUCAAUUGGCAUCAAGCAUGGGGAGUAUAAAUGCCCCAGUUGACGAGUCAAUAUUUGAUGUCAAGAAGGAAAUUGAUGAUUUAUUGCCUAUUGAGGUCAAAGAGCAACGAGUGAGCAACCUGCUCCAGUCUGUGAUGGUAGUAGGAUGUUUAGCAGCAAUGCCUUUCCUGAAAAUGAUUCCAACUUCUGUGCUAUGGGGUUAUUUUGCUUUCAUGGCCAUUGAAAACUUACCUGGCAACCAGUUCUGGGAACGGAUUUUAUUCAUUUUAACUGCUCCAAGCAGAAGAUACAAAGUUCUGGAGGAGUGCCAUGCAACUUAUGUGGAAACCGUUCCAUUCAAGACAAUUGCAGUGUUUACAGUCUUCCAGACUGCUUACUUGCUUGUUUGUUUUGGUAUCACUUGGAUUCCAACAGCUGGGGUUCUAUUCCCAUUGAUGAUAAUGUUUCUGGUUCCCGUUAGGCAAUACAUUCUGCCCAAGUUUUUCAAAGGAGCACACCUUCAAGAUUUAGAUGCUGCAGAAUAUGAAGAAGUACCUGUUUUACCAUUCAGCCUAGCUACUGAAGGGGACUUGAGCAAGACAGCUUCCUUUGCAGAUGAUGGAGAGAUUGUAGAUGGAAUAAUCACCAGAAGCAGGGGUGAGAUAAGACAUGUUUGCACUCCAAUCAUAUCCCAAGAGUUAACCAGUCUUCAAAGUCCAAGGUUACCAGAUAAGGUAUAAGCCAUCUCAGAAAAAUCAAAAACCAUCUUUCAGCCCUGGAGAAGCUACUCCAUCAUCCAAUUUGAAGAAAUCAAGAUGAACACUCAUACAUCCUUCUCAUAGUAACUUAUUAUGUUGGCUUCUAAUACAAGGAUUCUUCUUCAUCCUUGAUUUUCCAAUUUUAAAAUUAGGUUUGAGGGUUUUAUCCAGAUUUUUGAGUUCUAAAGUCUAGAGGAACAGGACAAUUAUAAUAGUUA